CCCGCCCCCUCUGCUAAUUCGUCUUCCCCUGCUCUCCCCGCCCCGCAUCUUUAUCUCGAGUGUGUCUGGAACUAUUCAUCUUACUCUGCAUGAAUAUCUUUUAUCUGGUGUCCAACCAGCCGUUGCCAAUGGACUCCACCGUACUGCUGUUAUUGACGGUGUUGUCUGUUUUAGGCAACGUUGUGGGAGAGAGAAAACUGAAAUUCGUGACAGUGCUCUACCGCCAUGGGGAUCGAUCGCCAGUCAAAGCCUAUCCUACUGAUAAAUACCAAGAGAGCGCUUGGCCGCAGGGCUUUGGACAGCUUACACAGGAAGGAAUGAGGCAGCACUUUGAACUGGGGCAGAUGCUGCGAAAACACUAUAUGGGUUUUCUCAAUAACACCUAUGACCGACAUGAGAUUUCUGUGAGAAGCACAGAUGUUGACCGCACCUUGAUGAGUGCAGAGGCCAACCUGGCUGGACUUUACCCCCCUAAUGGAUCACAGGUCUUUGAUCCUAAACUGGUGUGGCAGCCCAUUCCUGUGCACACUGUCCCCCUGGAGGAGGAGAGGCUUUUGUCGUUUCCCAUUCCGGGUUGCCCUCGUUAUAAAGUCCUCAUGAAUGAGACGGAACACUCAGAGGAAUUUGUUGACAUGACUAAUAAAUAUAAAGAUUUAAUAAAGCUGGUACGGGAGAAAACUGGUCUGAGGAAUACCAACAUUGAGUCUGUUUGGAGUGUCCAUGAUACCCUAUUCUGUGAGGCGAGGCACAACAUGACCCCUCCUGACUGGGUGACCCCCCAGGUCAUGGAAGAUCUGAGAAAGUUAAAAGACUUUGGCUUCAAAAUCCUUUUUGGGGUCUACAAGCAGCAGGAGAAAAGCCAUCUCCAAGGAGGCGUCCUCUUGGGAAGCAUUGUGAACAACAUCACGGAGUCUGCACAUCCCAACUCUAAUCGUCGUCUGAAGAUGAUGAUGCUAUCUGCGCAUGAUACCACCAUUGUGGCUUUGCAUUCAAGUUUGAGUAUCUUCAAUGAAAAGCAGCCACCCUAUGCUUCCUGCCACAUAUUUGAACUCUAUCAGGAAGACAAUGGAUCGUUCUCAGUUGCCAUGUUUUACCGCAAUGACACCACAAGAGAUCCUUACCAACUCGCUGUACCUGGAUGUGACCUGUUCUGCCCUCUGGAUGACUUUGUGCGCCUCACUAAACCAUCCAUUCCAGAGGAUUGGGACAAGGAGUGCAUGGUGGAGUCUCCUACAAAGGAUAAAGAAGUGAUCAUCGGACUAGCAAUUUGUGGGAGUUUGCUCUUCCUGCUUAUCUUACUGCUCCUCACUGUGCUUUGUCGGCUACAUGAUCGUUCCAGUGGCUACAGUCAUAUUCACAAUGAGAGUGAGUCUUGACAAAUGCACAAAUUCCACAGUGGACAGGAUUCAUGGGAUAGUGAAUGGGACCUUUGACUGCCUCCCUGCACUGCCCUCUGCUGGGAUGUAUGAAAAAAAUCACUUGACUGGGGUGGCCCUCCACCCCAAAAAAAUCACAGCAUCUUACUGAUGAACUUAAGAGUUUACUUUUUUACUUUCAUGGUAAGUUCUAGGUGUGUCAAAUUUGGCUACUUGAUUCAUUAUUCAAGUGGUCAGAGACUGUUUUACUUCUUUGAUAAUAGACUUGAUACGUGCUUUUUGAGGGAGAGGCUGGACUACAUUUAUAUAUGGGAAUGCAGCCUUUAAUGCUUUCAAUUGCUACUGUUCUCCUUGGUUCCCAGUCAUCUGAUCAGUGUUUAAAUGUUAUCAGUGGAUGCUUCACAUGUUUGAUUCUCCUCUUAGAAAAUGAUGAUUAAGUAAUAAAGCACAAAGGGGUAUGGUAUAUGGCCAAGAUUCCCUUGGGUAAGAUCUGUUCUUGGGGAUGAGGCAAAGGGGAGUUCCUGGAGGCAGCCCUAAGUCACAGCCCUUAGUCUUGGUGCACUGGCCAUACACCACAAACUACACCGGUGCCUUAUUCGUAUUAGAAACCAGUUACCAACACACAUCAAAUAGUAAAAAUAAAUGUUGUCAUACACAUGAAAUGCUGGAUCAUACUGCUUUGCCUGUCCAUUCAGGGUUCAAACCACCAUGUGACCCUAAACUAAAGGAUCAUUCUUUCCCAGGAACAGAUUACCACGAACGUAAACCUACUGUACUGAGAUUUUCUAUCAAGUCAUUUGAUCAAGAAGGCUAUUUCCUCUUGUGGUGAUGGUCAUGGUACUUGGAGAAGGCUAAACAUUAUGGGCCCCCUGGUAAAGGCUUGGCUUCAGUUCUCAGAGGUACUUCCAGUCAGGCCAGUCAUGCUUUAUGCUUCUGGCUGUUUGAUUCCAUUUAAGGCACUAUGUGUUUGCUGGACAUAGUGUCUCAGUAGCUAGCCAUCCUCUUAUCCAACAUGCUUUAGGUGCAAAUUCUAAAGUUUGAAUAUAAAGACUUAAUCCAGCUGUUACCUAGAUAUCUAUUUGCUUAUAUUUAGCCAAUAUUGCUAAAAGUCUACUUGUCCUAUAGAUAUUUACGAGAUUAUGAGAAUGAGGGUGUAAGCCUACACAAAACACCUUAUUUGAAGUGGAUCCGAAAAUUCAUGUUAUUCUACCAGACUUUUAUCCGGGAAAAAAGGCUGGAUGGAAACCUGACUAGUGUGACCCUGCACAUUUAAAAAUCAAACGUUCUGCUCUAACUAAUGCAGGGAAUCAAUUUUUGUGAAUUUUGUAGGCAGGAUCAAAAACCUUAACUGGAUACGUGUAAGUGGUGUUGCUCUCCAAUGAUAACAUGUUGCUCAACAUUCUCCUAAUGCAAACAGUAUAGUGUAACAUGCCGCAAAUUGAACUGACAUCUAUUUUACCGACACCGUCUUUGUCCUGUCUGGCAGGGAGCCUAUUGCAAUGUGUCUUUAUCCAGUUUCCAGUAAGGCAGAAAUGGAUUACAUGUGUUGAGAGCCAUGCCGUUCAUGCAAAAAGAUGUUACAAUUACCAGUCCUUUCCUCAAAUGUCCAUGUUUAACCAUUAUAAGCCAGAUAUUAUACCUGAGAGGUGUCAAACCGGUUCCAUGGAGGGCCAGGUGCCUACAGGUUUUCACUCUCAUCUUGUGCUUGAUUGGUUAGGAUCUUCCUUCCCCUGGUUCUGUUUAGUCUCAGUUGGGCUCCAAUUUAAAGGAAGAUCAGAAACCAGCAUGCACUCGGCCCUCCAUGAAACCGGUUUGACCCCGCUGUUCUAUUUUAUGGGCUAAGGAACAGUACAACCACAGUGGGGGAAUACUCCACUGAAUUCUAGUCUAAGCACAGUUGUAAAAUUAAUGAUAGUAAUGCCUAAUUCAAAUAAAUAACAUUUCAUUUC